UGUUGCGGGAGGUAGCAUCAGACCAGGUAGCUGCUCACGGAGAGUGAGUGAGGGAGGUUGUGGGGUGCAAUUGGUGCAUCAAUUCUUUCGACAGCAUGGUUCGCCUAAUCAUGGAGCAUGCCCGUUAUGGGGUGGAUGCUGCUCCAUCCAAGCCCAAAGCUAAGACCAUCCAGGUGGACUUCAAAUUCCAGGACAAGAUUGCAUGUCCAACACUCACCUUGUUGAUCAUCCUACUUAUCGCUUCUUACAUCAUCCCAGCUGUUGAUUCCUGGCCCUAUAAGCCAUAUCUUAUCCCCGAUGAUCAAGAUAAACGACCUCCCGUGCACACUUUCAACCAAGAUAAGCGCAUGGGUGCUCACAAGAACAACCCAUUGUCUGUGCCCAUGCAGCCUGCUCCCAUUCCCAUUACCUCCAAAUUCAUACAGAGCAAUGUCGGCGGGUUAUGCCUACAAAGGUUUGUGGAUGGAGUGGCAUGUCCCACAUGCAAUUCCAGUUCGUUGGUGCCCAUAACUUGCACCGGUUCCACUGAUCAGUCCUGGUCCUGGACGUUCCCUCAUGGAGAUCCACUCUCGAAUGAUGCUAGCAAAACAUGCAUCCAGUGGGUCGUCAUAGAUCUGCUUCGGCAGGGCAUCCCUCGCGCAGGACGGAAGACCAUUUCAUUGUUACAGAAGGCACACCAUGCUGCACAGCAGGUGGGAAUGACCCCAAUCUCACUUGGAAGAUGCUUCGCCGACACCGAUGUUAGUGAUGCUGGCCUCACAUGGCAGCAGCAGCAGCAGCAGCAGCACUGUCAGGGUGUCGUCCCUUCCCAUCGACCCCUGCUUAGGGGCGGGAAAACACCUAGUGCGGGAGCGGAGGGAACAAAUGUCGAUAAUGCGGAUGAUCCUUCGCAUUGUGAAGGGCAUAGCAGAGGGAAACUCAAUGCGAGUGCGCCAGGUGUUAAUCCGCCUGAUUCCGCUGUAAAUGCAAGUGUUGGAGAUAGCACACCAAAUACAUCACCUGAGGUAGAAGAAGACUGUCUUCCUCAAGGUCUCGAUUCCAUCUCAGGUGUUUUGUAUCCGUCUGCCCCACAGAUCGAUGAGAAUCGAACGAACUCAGGCUCAGGCUCGUUUCUGACAGAGAUGGUGUCGACUUCCCUGCUUCGACCAAGCCUCUCGUUGUGUGGCCCAGAGGCGGCAAGCCUGUGGAUUCAUCGACUGACGUCAGACUACUACAAGAACGGAGGCUGGAUGCAAAUCAGUAGCAGCGGCGAUCCACGGCUCUGCUUGGGAGUUGAGGUGAAAAGAAAUGACAACACAGCCAAUGGGGAGAGGUGGGUAGCGAAGGUCGCCCUUGUGCAAUGUGACCCACAGAAUCCACGGAGCAGAGACUUGUGGCGCUACAUUGAACCAGCUUGAUACAGGUAAAGGGAAAAUCAGUGAAAUUCAAAUCUAAUUUAAAUCAAUUGAGUCCCUGAUU